AUGGCUAUCCUCAGACCUCUGGUGAAGCCCACGAUUGUUAAAAAGAGGACCAAGAAGUUCAUCCAGCACCAGUCAGAUGUCAAAAUGAAGCACAAGUGGUGGAAACCCAGAGGUACUAGCUGUAGGGUGCACAGAAGAUUCAAGGGCCAGAUCUUGAUGCCCAACAGUGGUUACGUGAGCAACAAGAAAGCAAAGUGCAUGCUGUCCAGUGGCUUCCAGAAGUUCCUAGUCCAUGAGGUCAAGGAGCCUAUAGUGUUGCUCACAAUGUCUCUCUCCUCCAAGAGCUGCAAAGCCAUUGUGGGAGGAACUGCCUAG